GCAAUACUAAAAAGAAAGUAGAAGUACGGUAUUCGAGAGGUUAUAAAAAAAUACUAAAAUUCUUUUUAUUAACCAUAAUGUAUCAUAAAGUGAUGAUAUAUUGACAAGUGAGAAAUACAAUUGGUACUCAUAGAAAGCCGGUAUAAGGUUGCAAAAUAUACUUCAAUGCAUUCUACAAGAAUGGUGGAAGAAAGUGUAAUUGGAAAGAUGUGCGAAGAAGGGAAUAUUUGUUUGUUGUUUCGGAAAAGUUGAAUAUAAUUAACGAAAUCGUUCUAAACACGUGCCGAAUUGUACAAUUUUCUAUAAAGUAUAUCAGUUAGAUUGAAAUCUAACACGUCCGCAUGCGUAUUAAUUACUUCUUUUUGCAAACUCGAUCGAAAUACAUUAUCCGACAGGAGAGCACUCUUUGGGCUCCAGAGGAAAGAAAAGUUGUUGUAAUGGCUGCCGUGUCAUGAAAUGAAGGUGCCGAGCCAGUUUUGUGGUUCCACGAUGGAGGACAACUCCAGUUCUGCAUCUCAAAAUCAUAAUGGACAAUUAUCUAGUGGUUCAAAUGUUUCACUGACAAAUAAACAUCAGGGCAAUGACAAUGGUAGCAAUGGCGAUGCUAAGGAUAAACGACCACAAUACUCUAUGCCUGGCGUUCUACAUUUUAUUCAACACGAAUGGGCUCGCUUUGAACUUGAAAGAUCACAGUGGGAACUUGAUAGAGCAGAAUUCCAGGCUAGGAUAGCUUUUUUACAAGGUGAAAGGAAAGGUCAAGAAAAAUUGAAAAAUGACUUAGUAAGAAGAAUAAAAAUGUUAGAAUAUGCACUUAAACAAGAACGAGCAAGGUAUCACAAAUUAAAAUAUGGCACUGAUUUGGUAAUACCAGGAGAUGUAAAACCUCCUAUUUAUGAAGAAGGUAGUAGUACUUGUGCUAAUUCUGAUGUUGGAGGCGGUGGAGAUGGUGAAGCUCCCUUUACAUCUGUUAGUAACAUUAGUUGGAGACAAGGGCGUCAAAUUUUAAGACAAUACUUACAAGAAAUUGGUUAUACUGAUACAAUAAUAGAUGUACGAUCAAACAGAGUUAGAUCAUUACUUGGUUUAAACAAUAACACAGAUUCAGAAGAUUUGAAUACUCCUGCAUUAAAUGGCAAUGAACCAUCAAAUAAGCAAACAAAUGAAAAUAGUGUUCGUAGAGUUCCAGGAAAAAAGGUAGAGCAACCAUCUUCUAUAGCAGAAGCAAUAAUAUUAGAUACAGAAGCAGCUGUAAUGGCGAAUUUUGAAUUUCUGGCUCAUACAGAUAUGGAUAUGGAAGAAGAAGAAGAGGAUGUAGAAGAUGACACUUAUGAUACAAAUAUGGAUCCUAAACCAAAUAAACCAUCUAUUCUUUUAACAGAAGAUGUUGAUGCAGAAGCUGAAGAAGUAUUAAAUGAAUUAAAUCUUCUCACAGAAAUUGAAGAAUCACCACCAGGUUCUAUUCAUUUGGAGAUAGAUUCGUCGGAAUGGAAUGCAAUUCAUAGAGGUUUACAAUCAGAUCCAAAGCGUCCAAAUAAAGAAGGUGAUUCUGCAUUGGAAUUGGGUGAAUUGGAGCAGUUGUGUGUUAACAAUGAGGCGGAAACAUCAUACGAUAUGGUAGCUACUACAAAAGAGACCUUAAGAAAAACAUGGAAUGCAAAAUAUACAUUACGUUCUCAUUUUGAUGCUGUUCGAGCUCUUGUCUUCCAUCCCACUGAACCUGUUCUUAUAACUGCAAGUGAUGAUCAUACACUAAAAUUAUGGAACCUUCAUAAGACUUUACCAGCAAAGAAGUCAGCUUCAUUAGAUGUAGAACCAUUAUAUACGUUUAGAUCUCACAGAGGUCCUGUAUUGUGUUUAGCCAUGUAUGGAAGCAGUCAUUGCUACAGUGGUGGCUUAGAUGGUAUGAUUUACUGUUGGGCACUUCCAUCGGCGAACGUAGAUCCCUAUGAAACAUACGAACCAAGUGUCCUUCAGAACAGAUUAAGAGGGCACACAAGCGCAGUUUGGGGUUUAAGUAUGUGCGAAUCUCGAUCGCAAUUGUUAUCGCUUAGUGCUGAUGGAACUGUAAAAUUAUGGAGCCCAGAAAGUCAGUCACCACUACUUCAUACGUAUGUUUCUGAACAAGAUGGCAUACCAACGUCAGUAGAUUUUAUUAGAGACGAGUCGCAUAAAUUAGUUGUAGCUUAUGAAGGAGCUUGUGUGGUAUUUGAUACAGAAACGGGUGAAAGCGUAGCUCGUCUUGAGGCUAAUGAAACAAAGGGAGUAAAUCGUGUUGUGGCGCAUCCUACAUUACCACUUGUUGUCGCGGCCCACGAAGAUAGACACAUUCGAUUUUAUGACCAUCGAUCAGCUACUCUUGCCCAUGCCAUGGUUGCUCAUUUGGAUGCCGUAACUAGUCUUGCAGUAGAUCCUCACGGUUUAUAUUUACUUUCAGGAAGUCAUGAUUGCAGUAUAAGAUUAUGGAAUAUGGAUAAUAAGACUUGUGUUCAAGAAAUAACAGCACAUCGUAAGAAGUUUGACGAAAGUAUUUUAGAUGUAGCAUUUCAUCCUUCGCGACCUUUUAUAGCAAGUGCAGGAGCUGAUGCUCUUGCUAAAGUGUAUGUGUGAGAUGUAAAUUAAGAUACGCAUUUCUACUAUCAACAUACAACAGACGGAACAGAUUUUGUACUCAUUCUUUCUAGAUAGUUUUACUUGUACGUGUCACACUUCCAAUUUUGUUGUUAUUUAAAUAUAAAACAAAUCAGACGCAUA